GCCCACGUACGUGCGCGUGCAUUGUGAGGACAGUGGACGCGCACGCGUCUGAAUGUGCGGUUCGGUUCGGUUGGGUUGUUCUUGGUCGCUUUUAGCGGAUCAAUAAAGAGUUGAGCGCUUAUCGCUUGCUUGGGAGUGCGCGUGCGAAGUGACAUCGCUGCGUGUAUUGAGAGUUUCUGUCACAUUCGAUGGAUCUAUGUGAGAAAUGAUUAUUUCAUGAUGAAUGUUCUCAUGUUUCGUUGUGUCAGUGUGUGUUUGUUUGUGUGUGUGAAAGUGUGUGUUUGUGUGUGUGAAUAAAGAGAUGGUGAUGGAGAAGCCCAGUCCUCUACUCGUAGGACGCGAGUUUGUGAGGCAGUACUACACACUUCUCAACAAAGCACCUGAUUACCUGCACAGGUUUUAUGGGAGAAACUCUUCAUAUGUUCAUGGAGGUGUAGACGGCAGUGGAAAGCCAGAGGAUGCGGUUUAUGGUCAGGCAGAAAUCCAUAAGAAAGUGAUGUCGCUGCAGUUCAGCGAGUGUCACACCAAGAUACGACAUGUGGAUGCCCACGCGACUCUCGGGGAAGGUGUCGUGGUCCAAGUGAUGGGUGAGCUGUCCAACAGCGGGCGUCCCAUGAGGAGGUUUAUGCAGACAUUUGUGCUCGCUCCCGAGGGUUCAGCUGUCAAUAAGUUCUAUGUGCACAAUGACAUCUUUCGCUACGAGGAGGAAGUGUUUGGAGACUCUGAGGCUGAACUGGCAGAGUCCGAGGAAGAGGAUGUCGAAGAAGAACAAGCAGAGACCCGUGCCUCGCCUGAACCCAACCAGGACCGGCCCACCAGCACCACCUACUAUGAGCCGCCACCUGUCAGUAAUGGUGUUGAGGAGCAGCAGGAAGAGGCGGUGCCAGAGGCAGAGCCAGAAUCCCAGUCUGAAGCGCAGGCCAGUCAGGCACCAGAGGAGGAGCUCAACCAGGAAGCAGAACUGCAUGUGACUGAGGCAGAGCCUGAGGAUGAUGAGAAACCUUUUGAGGAGGAGAAACGCUCCACCCCGGUCCCCACCCCGACUCCGCCCCCUCAGACCCCAGAACCUCCCAAGGCAUUCUCGUGGGCUUCAGUGACCAGUAAAAAUCUUCCUCCAGCCGGGACUUCUGCGGUUUCUUCACACGUGAUGAAGACUACGAGUGUUCAGCCACGGGUGGAGGUCAGACCGGACGCUCAGUCUUCUUUACCCAGAGAUCAGAGGCGUGAGAGAUCCGGCUUUCUUCCACGAGGCCCCCGACCUGAUGGCAGUGGCUCCGAAUCUCAAGGUGGAAAACAGCUUAUGGGUUUUAAGGGCCGCGGCGACUCGGACAGCGGUGAUGUGGACGGCCGCAGAUCUGUGCGUUAUCCAGACAGUCAGCAGCUCUUCGUUGGAAAUCUUCCUCAUGACAUCGAUGAGGGCGAACUCAAGGACUUCUUCAUGACGUUUGGGAAUGUGGUGGAGAUGAGAAUCAACACUAAAGGUGUCGGAGGAAAGCUGCCCAACUUUGGUUUUGUGGUGUUCGAUGACUCUGAGCCGGUGCAAAGGAUUCUGGGAGCCAAGCCCGUCAUGUUUCGUGGAGAAGUGCGUCUCAAUGUCGAGGAGAAGAAGACCAGAGCGGCCAGAGAGCGAGAAACCAGAGGAGCGCCUGACGGUCGCCGGGGCCCCGGAGGUCCUCGAGGCCCUACAGGAAACGGAAUGGGUCGUGACAGAGAUGCGCGUGGGCCUCCCUCGUCGAGAGGUGGGAUGGGGGCUGGCAGAGGUGGCGGUCAGAGCGGAGAGAAUCGAUUUGCUGGGCCGCGUCGUUGAGGUGUCCACUGGUGGAGGCCGUUUGAACCACAAUCUCUGAUGGCAGAAGAAAUGAACUCUUUUCUCUCUUUCACUAUCUCUCUCUGUCUUUUUCUCUCUCUCUCUCGGACUGUGAAUGACCAUCAGAAGACUCGGUAGAACACGCACCUGCAGGAACAUCAUCUGCGCUACUGUUUUCUCCUUUAUUCAUUAGCUUUUUGUUGGUUUUUCGGAGAGGAACUCACGGGUGUGAUCUUUUUCCUACAGAACAAACGUUGAAUGUCUUAAGGGGCUUUCCUCAUGAACUGAUUUCUUGCACAUUUUAUAAUGCACGAACAUCAACCGCUUCAUAAGCCAGUGCUCAGUGUACACUUAUUUAUUUUCCUAGUAAAUAAAAACAGUGGUGUGCCUUAACUCAAUUUUGACCCGGUCUGUCUUUAAGAUCAGUGGAUUCAUAGACGCCUCGCAUUAACUGAUGUGAUGCGUGUGGGCCGAGCGACAGUAUUACAGAUUCAUGAACAUUCUGCUCACGUGCGUCUGCUGAAGCUGGAUUGGAGUUUCAUUCAUAAACGCAGUUGUUUUUCUUUUGUUUAUCUCGGUUCUGGGUUGGAAUUUCACUUUGAUCAGCUUCAGCAGCAUUUUUAUUGGUUUUGUUUUCUUUUGUUUUUAGAUUCAAUAAACUACUGAAAUCUGCUACAAAACUA